AUGUCUGAUAAUAUCCCUUUACCUCGACAACGCCAAUGCACAGAUUUAGGCUGCGAGGAUGAAAAAUAUAUCCUUGAUAUAUUCAGCUAUGUACAGCCUGAAACUCGUGGGAGGUGUGAAUCAAGGAAACAGCUGUUUGUGUUUAUAACCAGAGACGUAGAAAAUAACAGAUUGUCUAAGUUCCUGCAGGUAAUGUGUAGCGUCUAGCAAAAUAUACGCGAAGCAUGUUUACAAGUACAUUUUAAAUCCGUAAGCCCCGUGCAAACAGACGCAACAUUGCUGGCCAGCCAACAAGUCUCAACAAUGUUGCGUCCGUUUGCACACCGUGUGGCAUGUUGUUGCACAUUGUUGGAAACCAGGAAAAUUUUUAGCUACGUGCAAACGGACGCAAUAACUCUUAGGAGUUGUUGCGUCCGUUUGCAAGUAGCUUAAGGCAGCGGAGUCAUUUCACCUUCAAUUUAAUUGGAAACGGCGGUGAUUGUAGAGGACUUUGAUAUCCUUUCUUUACUUUCAGGAGGAGCAAAUUAGAUUGGGCAUGAUUAAAGUUUACUCUGAUAGAUUUUGCUGGAAAAAGAGCAAAAAUGAUGAGACGCUUAUUGUACAGAUGAAGAUGGAAGAUUUUAGCUCAGCUAGUGAACCGGUAAUAAUAAUAACAAGAACAACAGUAACAACGACAACAAUAAUAAUAUGGAUGAUGAUGAUGAUGAUAAUAAUAAUAAUGAUAAUUACAGUUAAAAAAUUUGUUCUGAAAUUUUUCUAUCGAAGCUUUUACCAUUAAUUCCCAAUGACCAUAUGGAUAUUUUUUAAGCUUGAAAGCAAUUUAAAAAUACUGGAUUAGAGAAUGGCUGGCUCCAGCCAUAUGAUUCAUACUUAAACUUAUUGGGUUUCAUGCACGUUUUCAGUUUGUUAACGUGCUAAAAGGAAUAUAUGUCAGUAAUCUUCUACAUCUAAAGAAAGGGUAGUUAAAAACUGCGACAUUUGGAUCUUGCGGCUCUGUCUCCAGUUGUCUUGUAUGGGUAUUCAAUGUCUAGUAAAAGGGAUCAUUCUGAUUUCGCGCAAGUUUCCUUCAAGUUUUGUUCCUUUGUUUUGUUGUUGUUGUUUUUUUCCGAAAAUUUUCAUCAACAGUAACUUUCUCUUCGAACUUUACGCUUUUUAUAUGCCACUGCAUUUUGAUCCAUAAGGAAAUUAGUGCUACGCGUUGAUUGUGUUUUGUUUUGUUUUGCUUUUAUUUUUUUUGGGAGAAAUUUUAUCAAAAUAUGAAUACGUUCCUUUUAUUGACAGAUUGAAAGAUGCAAAAUAGAUGAAAUGAGGAUACCUGAGAAAGUAACCUUUACUCUACCAUCUUGCGAUGCAUCCGUCAUGAGACUUACUACAAAAUUAUUGACACAAAGCGAUGACGUGGAAGUGCUAUUGGAAACAGAACAGUUAAGGGCCAGCUUGCCCCUGGUAAGUUAUAAGUUCAAGUAGGAUUUAUGAACGGUGAAAGGUUUGCGCCACUGGAUUGAAAUUUUAUGAAAUUCCAGGAGUAGUUUGGGAGUGUUUUAUGGAACAAUUUUAGCACCCAAAACGUACUGAAAAAAAAAGAGACUAUAAUUGAAUCGAAUCUGUCCUAUACACGCACGAAUUCGACCUUAACAAGUCGAUUUAUCUUCAGCAAUUCAUAAACCGUGUUUUGAAACAAUGUGCGAAAUGUUUCACUUUUUAGGACACAAUAGAUUAAUAUUUUCGUUGUUUCAGGAUUGUCAGUUCUAGGAAGAAAUGAUUUUUUGAGAUAGAUUUUCUCAUUUUGGAGUUUAAGACAAAAAAUUUCCGUUAUAGUCUAAGCUCUGUUUAUCGGUGAAAAUCCAUGACGUAACACGAAAUAAAUAAAUAAAUAAAUAAAUAAGUAGAAUGACUAAGCCACGAUAUCAACACCUUUCUCUCUUACAAAACAAUUUUCCGAGCUGUGGUGGUUUAUCAAAAGUUUGGAUUUGUACAGUGUCCUACCGUGGAGUCUUGUUCAAUAGCGGGAAAUUGUUUCCCAACAGCGCGCGCUCUCGUUGGUUGCUUCUAGGUCACAUGACAUCUAAGAAUGGAACUGUUUCCUGCCAAAAUCUACGACGUCAGAGGUUAACAGUGCACUUUUACCAGCAAAUGUUGACCGUUCGCUGGAUUUAUUUUUCAUUAAUUUGUACACGAAAAAGUUUUCUCCGUGAGCUCGUCAGCUAUAUAAGACUGGUCUCAAGGGAAACAGUUAAUUUUGUUUCCCUCAAGACCAGUCAGUAAGUGUUUAAUAUUUACCCAAAACCUUCCCCUUACAUUUCUGAUAUAUUUCCUCUCUUUCCUUAUUUUUUAUUCCCAGAUACCACAUUGGGAGACUAAGUCAGGGGUCGAACAUGAUCACUGGGUCAGUGAACCAACAGAAACAUAAUGAGACGCUGGGAAGUUGAUACAAAUGUAAAAUUAUUCAUGGGUGACAAAUUACUCCUUAAUUUUAGAACAAAAUUUCAGCGUUAAUUUAUGAUUUCACGUGUGAAAUUAAUUGCCAUCAUUGCAAUGUUCCUUACGUCUUAGUCGAAGUUUUAAAAUGUUACAAUUGAAGAUGUCAGGGCAUUAAAAGAUGCUUUAGAAAACCUAAACACACGAAAGGGCACAUCAAGAAGGAUUCUAACAAGUGC